CUUAAACAACGGAAACAAUCAUCCUGUGGGAUUAAACAUGAAUUUGCUGUUAAGGUAGCAGAUAAUUUUGAUAUGAAUAAAGACACUCUUCAUGAUCAAAAUAGUCUCCAUAUGCUCAAUCAAAUUAUUAUUCAAACAUCAGAGUAAACGUUUAUUGAGUUUAUUUCAUGACUUUUUUUUCUUUACUUUAGAAAUGAUGAAGUUCCUAUAAUUACCAAAGACCUUAUUAAUAGUAUGAUUGAUCAUAUAUGCACCUCAAAUUUCUUAUCACCUACAACUACUACAAUUAUAUCAUCAAAAGAAUCGAUUCAUUGUCAUUAUGGGUCUUAUCUAGAUUCUUCAUUUGAUUCAAGUUUAUUUGCGUAUUGUCUUUCUAAAUGUUAUCCAUUGCUUAAUGAAAAUGGAAUAUUAAAUUUAUCCAAAGUGAUACGUUUUCCUAUUUUGUCUGGAUUUUUUUCAACACAUUUAACAUUGGCAAUGCGAUCUUUUCAUUCAUUAACAUUUUGUACACCCAUCAAACAAAAUCCAAAUGAUAUAGCAACUACAGAAAAUUGUUUAAGUGAAACGAAAACCCUUCUACUUGAAUCAAACUACCAAAAAGAAGCUGUAUUGGUCGUAGAUGAAAAAUUAUACCACAAUUGCAUCAAGGUAAUUCGUAAUAAUCCAACUAGAGUUAAUAAUAUAUUUAUUUAUCCCGGCGACUUUCAUCUAAUGAAAACAACGAUGAUCGCCAUGUGGCAAAUACUGGAAGGGUCUGGCAUUGAAGAUAUUUUAAGUUUUAUUUAUAAAGGGGCAACGCUUAAGUCAAUAUUUAAUGUUUUCCAUUUUAACAAAUCAUUUCGUUGCUGCAAGCUUCUAUAUACAACACUAAAGAUGCUAUUAAUAGAAUCAUAUAUAACAUCCAACACAACCACAACGUCUACCUCGAAUUAUUCUUUUUUACCUUCUGCUAUUCGUUUAAUUUUUGAAAAUAUACCUCAUGAAUUUAAUGUCGAUGCAAUUAAACAAACCUGGUUCAAAAGCUUGAUAACUGCUAUUGAACAAGAAAAUUUAUUAUCAAAGAUAAUUUUGUAUAACUUUUAUCGUUAUGAUCGAAUAGAUAUCGUCUUCAAUUCUCGUCAAAGUCAAAAAGAAAAAUCUUUUAUAUCAAAUCGUACAAGUGCAACAAUAUCAUGUUCAUAUGAGGUUAAAUGUGAUGAUUUUAUUUGUUCGGAUUAUCAACAAUUGAUAAAAAAUAACCCAGCUGUUGUUGCUGCUCGUGUAAGAGAGUGUUGGUGUACUGAUGCAUAUAUUCAAACACUUCCAACUGGAAAAAUUUUGGUUAUUGCUGGGCCUGAUGAUUCAUCUGUUACAUUAAGAAAAAACCAUGCUCCAACUGAAGAUUACUUACUCGUCUCCAAUCACAUUUAUGCAUGUACAAGGUCGUUUAUUCACGCACAUGCAAUAUCUUUCGAAAAUAUAAAAUCAGUUGCAUUCCAAUCAAGUGAUGCUGAUAUCGCUUUAUUGGCAAUAUCACAUGGAUUAUAUUUGGACGUCGACAAUAUAUACGUUAAAUCUUUUAAUACAAAUGCAAAGUUUGACAUAUUUAUCAAUACUCGUGAAAUUUCUAUUAAUAUUAAAGAAAAACGCUCUGUUGAUCCAAUUAUAUUAAUUGUUAUUCAUGCUUUAUCAGGCUAUGAAGCAAUAUCAACUGCUGAACGUUUAUUAUUAGAUAGUUAUUCAUUAAAAUAUACUCCAUCAAGUCUUGACGAACAUAGAGCAAUAAUGGCAUCAACAGCAUUUAAAGAUAAUCGAUCAUCGUGUAUUGCUUUAGCUCUACCGCCCUCAUCCAAUGCCUUCUAUUUUCAUUGUCAACGAGUUGCACGACAAAGUCAAAUAUGGUUUCAAGCAUAUCAAUCUGAUAUGUCAAUACAAUCUAUUGAAAACAAUGAAGGUUAUGAAGUCAUACAAAAUGAAAUUAAAAUUAAGUGGCUAUCGAAGAAUUCAAUUCCAUUAGAUCAUCGUUUAUCAGUUUGUGGCAAAUGUUUUGGAAAUUGUAAUCGUUGUGUAUGCGGAAAAAAUAAUGUUGUUUGCACUCUUUUAUGUAAAUGUUCAGCAGAGAAAUGUAAAAAUCGAACACAUGCCUCGAGUUCGCAAAAUUGUAACCUAAGUGAAAUUCUUCUGAACGAUGUAACACGUGAUAUUAAUUUCAAUCAAAGCACCUAUGAUUUUAAUACUAUAGAUUCCAUAGACAAAGAAGAUGGAAAAGCAUCACAAAGUUCCUUCGCAUCAAAUUGUUCGUCGUAUACUGAAAAUACUGAUGAUGAUUUUCCACACUUGUAUCAGUCAUCAGAAGAAUCUUUAUCAUCAACAGCUGACUGGGAAAGUACUGAUAGUAACAGUUGCUCAAUAACAAACAUUGAUCAUAGCCAUUCGAAUCGAUUUAAUGACAAAACUAAAGAAAAAUCGGUUGCAUCUGAAAAACGAAACAACACCAUUAAUAGAUCUUUAAGCGAAUUCCAACAAAUGGGACUCUCAAGAAUAAAAAUAAUACAAUUCAAAACAAUAAAGUCGUCUAAUAUUGGUUCUGAAUCAUCAUUUAAUAUUCGUUCACCUUCAACAACACCUCUGUCACAACCGUUAACAUCAACUCCAUUAACAUUUAGAAUAAAGAAAGCUCAUAGUCAACAAGUUAUAAGAAAAGAGAAUUAUGAUUCAUUCGAGAACAAUACACCACCACCUUUAAAUUUUAACUUUGUUUUUUUUGUCAUGUCGCAAAAGCGAAAGGAGACAAAUGCUGGUGGAACAAUUACAAAUUUUGUUCCAGGGAAGAAGAAAAAAAGUAAUAAGUUUGUACUUCCGGAAGGUGAUACUAUGGAUUCAUUUGUUCGUAAAAUGAAUGGUUUGGUUAAUAAUGGUAAGUAUUCGAGAGUUUGGAGAAUUGUGUUUUUUCUUUGGUGCUUUUAA